AUGGAGAAAAAUGGCAGCUUCAUAUCAGACGCUGCCCCGCGCUACCUCAGUCCGGGGAUCAAAAUGAAUGUCGAGCCGAAGGAACCCGAAGAACUGGUGUCUCAAGAUGUACUCACGACUCGUGAAUUCGCAUUUUCUCCCGACCGGUUAAGCAAUCUAAUCAGUUCGAGGAGUCUCACGGACUUUUUUAACUGCCAGGGAAUUAUUGGGCUCGCAAAAGGGCUGCAUACCGAUGCGAGAGGCGGAUUGAGCAUGGACGAGACAGUUCCCAAGAGUCUAGAUGCCAGAGAAUGGGGUAUCGCGCUGCAGACAGAUCGACAAAACGAUGCGUUUGCGAUGAGAAAGCAAGUCUUUGGGGAUAACCACUUGCCACUGAGAAAACCGCCGACCAUUCUGCAAUUGUUAUGGAUGGCAUAUAACGACCAUGUCCUAUUCCUCCUUACGGGCGCUGCCAUUAUAUCUCUGGCGUUGGGAUUGUAUCAGACUUUUGCAACUCGGCACGGCCCCGGAAACCCGCCCGUCGAAUGGGUGGAGGGCGUGGCAAUCCUCGUGGCGGUUGUGAUUAUCGUGCUGGUCAGCACUACCAAUGACUACCAGAAACAGCGCAAGUUCCAGAAGUUGAACCGAAAGAAACAAGACCGCGAUGUGAAGGUGAUCCGCUCUGCACGAUCUCAGGAGGUCCCCAUCUACGACUUGAUGGUCGGUGAUGUCGUCCUUAUCGAUCCUGGCGAUGUGAUUCCAGCGGAUGGAAUCCUCAUCCAGGGCCAUCGUGUACAAUGCGACGAGUCAUCCGCUACGGGAGAGACGGAGCCGCAGGCCAAGCAUCCAGGGAAUGAGGUGUUUAGCGCUUUUCAAGACGGGCGAGAUUGUCAGCAUAUGGAUCCAUUCCUUAUCUCUGGCACGAAAGUUACGGAAGGCGUGGGAAGCUUCCUUGUUCUGGCGACUGGCCUACGCUCGACUCAUGGAAAAAUAAUCCUCUCCCUGGAUGAAGAACCCGACUUCACCCCGUUGCAGUUGAGAUUGAACACCCUUGCCAAGUACAUUGCGCGAUUUGGUGUCAUCAUUUCGCUCCUGCUGUUUGUGAUUUUAUUCAUCAGAUUCCUAGUCGGGCUCCGCAGUAGCAGUCAAACUCCAGCAGAAAAGGGCCAAUCGUUUCUGAACAUCUUUAUCACGGCCCUAACAGUCCUGGUCAUUGCGGUUCCAGAGGGCCUCCCUCUCACAGUCACACUUGCUCUGGCUUUUGCAACGACGAGGAUGCUGAAAGACAACAACCUAGUUCGUCUGUUACGAGCAUGCGAGACGAUGGGCAAUGCCACAGACAUUUGUUCCGACAAGACUGGAACUUUAACCCAAAACAAAAUGAUCGUUGUCUCGGGUUGUUUCGGGGAUAAUUCUGAAUUCGAGAGACAGCUAGCAGCUCCAUAUGGGGCUACAACCAAUGGAGAUGACAAGACGUUGGCUACAGAGUAUAUCCAGAGUCUCCCCGACGAUACCAGAAUUAUUCUAAAGGAGUCAAUUGUAACAAACACAACAGCGGUCGAAAGCGAUUCCUCCGGUGAAGCUUCAUCGUUCCUUGGUUCGAACACCGAAGCAGCCCUUUUGCAAUUUUGUCGGAGCCACCUUGGGAUGGGACCUGUAGAUGUCGAACGCGCCAAUGUGAAGAUUGUAGAAUUGUUUCCAUUUGACGCCUCUCGCCAAUGUAUGCUCACUGUGGUUCAGCAAGAGGAUGGGCGAUAUCGGGUGUAUGUAAAAGGGGCACCGGAGGUACUCUUAAGAAAGUGUACAAGAGUUGUUGAGAGUCCAGCCGGGGGACUAGCCACCAUUCCCAUAACAGAGACUAUUACUCAGUCUCUCCAGCAAGCAAUCGCACGGUACGCCACGAAAUCAUUACGAACAAUCGGCCUCUGCUUCCGCGACUUGCAUAACUGGCCCCUUACUGAGGAUAUCAAAUUUGAGGAUUUCUUUGCAGAUCUAACUUUCCUGGCUGUCUUUGGUAUCCGGGAUCCACUCCGCAAUGGCGCUGAGGAUGCGGUAAGGGCUUGCCUCAAAGCUGGAGUAGCUGUUCGCAUGGUUACAGGAGACAAUGCUUUGACCGCAAGAGCAAUUGCCACAGAAUGCGGGAUACUCGUUGAUCCAGAUGAUGUAGUGAUGGAAGGCCACGAAUUCCGACAACUCAGCCAGUCCCAGCAAACCGACCUCAUCCCGCACCUCAAAGUCCUCGCAAGAUCUCUGCCCGACGAUAAAAGGACAUUGGUUGCGCGGCUGCAGGAGGCAGGAAGGGUAGUUGCUGUCACUGGCGAUGGAACCAAUGAUGCUCCAGCCCUGGCAACAGCGGACGUUGGCUUUUCCAUGGGAAUCUCCGGCACAGAAAUUGCGCGAGAGGCAUCAUCCAUUGUCCUAAUGGACGAUAACUUUUCAUCAAUUGUGAAAGCAGUUAUGUGGGGGAGGGCAGUGGGCGAUGCUGUUAAAAGGUUUCUACAGUUCCAAAUUACAAUUACCAUUACCUCUGUAGGCCUUGCAUUUGUUUCUGCCAUCGCUAGCUCCGAGGAACGAUCGGUCCUCACUGCAGUUCAGCUUAUGUGGGUGAACCUCUUUCAAGACACACUGGCGGCUUUGGCUCUCGCAACGGAUCCCCCGACAGAGCGUAUUUUGAACCGCAAGCCAGAGCCGAAAAACGCUCGUCUGAUUCCUGCGCCCCUAUGGAAGAUGAUAGUCGGUCAAUCGAUUUAUCAAUUGGCAGUUACUCUUGUCUUGCAUUUCGCCGGCUCGGCUAUCUUCUCCUACCAUACUGAACAUGAAAAGCAGCAACUACAGACAGCGGUCUUCAACACCUACGUGUGGCUCCAAAUUUUUAAUAUCUACAAUAACCGACAAUUGGAAAAGUCCAUAAAUAUCUUCGAGGGGGUGCUUCACAACUGGCUCUUUAUCGCCAUCAAUGUCCUCAUGAUCGGCAUACAAAUCCUCAUCAUGUUUGUCGGUGGCCGGGCAUUUUCAAUCGUAACUCUGAGUGGCGCACAAUGGGCAUAUUCCGUGGUUUUAGGGGCUUUGUGUAUCCCUCUUGGCUUUUUAAUACGUCUUGUUCCGGACAGACUUGUCGAGAGGAUACUCAGGGCCACAGGAACGUUAUGGGACCUUAUUCCUAGUCGGAAAAGACAAGAACCCCCUAGAAAUACCUAG